UGAUUUUCGGCUCAGGAAAAGAUAUGCGUCACUGAUUAGCGAUAUGGCCACGCCUGUUUCCGCCAGGCUGCGGUCGUGAAGAACAGUCCACAUUCAGCCAUUGUGGAUUAGCAGCUGUCAGUGAUUCUUCGCGUUUAGUUGGAAAGUUCAGACUUCAGUCAGACUUGGCAGAUGCCGUCAUGUUUGUCACUUACUUCCUACUACUGAGCAGUCUCGGCCUUGCCAUUGUAACUCAAGCUCAAGACUGCUCCAAACCUGCAGGAGGAGACAACAUGAGCUUGAAGGGCGAUGACAUUCUUUUACAAACAUUCCCAGAUGGGAGGCGAGUGACUUUUGCCUGCAAUGUUGGCUAUAUGACUAUAGGAGGGUCUGGGUUCAUUACUUGUAACGCUGGCACCUGGACUACUCUGACGCUGAAAUGCGAUAGGAAAGAGUGUGGCCCUGCUGAGGAAGUGGAGAAUGGAAACAUUGAUUACCCUCAAGGGACACAGUUCGGUGAUAAACUAGUGGUCACUUGCAACACAGGCUACAACAUGGUCCCCUUCGGUAAAGGUGAAGUCCUUUGUGGAGCCCAAGGGUGGAUGGACAGGUUGCCUGUGUGUGAAGUGGUAACUUGUGAACCGCCAUCUAUGGUAGACAAUGGCAGUUUCCGUCCAGUCAAAGAUUCCUACGACUAUAGAGAAGUUGUACAGUACAGGUGUCAAGAUGGUUACACACUUUCUGGAUCCAAUUCAAUAUCAUGUUCAGAACAUGGGAAAUUUGGCUCUGCUCCAACGUGUAUCGUGGUUCAAUGUGAGGAGCUUAAAAUAGACAAUGCUCGCCAGGUUGAGGGUUCUCGACCCCCUCAUGGAUACAGGGCUACGGUGACAUACGAGUGCAUGUCUGGGUAUGUUUUGGAAGGAGGACGCACCCUGACGUGUGGAAUAGAUAGUCAGUGGGUCCCUGGACUUCCAACAUGUCGAAGAAAGGCAGACCCAGCUACGCCCCCCACCCCCCCCACUACCACUACCACCACCACCACCACCACCACAACACAUUCUCCCCCAACACCACCAGCAGCACAGUCUUCCACCACAUAUGCAGCCCGCACUGCUACCACCUCUGAGCCCUGCAAUCAUGGACAGAAUGUGGCUAUAGGCGUGUGUGUUUGUCUUGUCGUCCUAUCUGUGGUUGUUGGAGUCGUGUUAUACAUGAAGAAAAAACAACGCACUCGGAGAGACUCUCCCGACAAAACGAAAGCGGAUGUAGAACUCCCGUUACGAGGAUAGACUGCCAAGCACAGCUGAACUCAUUUAUUCCAAAUAAAUGGAUGUAAGCAUCACAGUCCUGUAUCUCCAACACUACUAGAAGAAACAAGGGCUGGUUGAGAAGAAGGCUUCUUGGACUAACCAGUGUCCCCCUUCCUGAAAUGAGUUGCUGAACAACAGUCCGAGAUUGAGAAACCUCAACGAAUUUGAGCUCAAUCCUUAGCUCAUGCUUCAAGCGGCUCCUCCAACAAGUUGAAAAUAUUUCC